AUGGCAUCUCCCGAGCGCGAGUGGCUCCCAGGGCCAGGACCCCAGAACUGCAGCCGCGGCCCUGCCAGCCCUCCCCCUGCCCUGGGGCUGGCUUCUCCGGCUGGAGCCUCGCUCCUCCUCUGCAGCCUCGGGAAACCGGCGCCUGCCGCGCUGCUGCUGCACCUCGUUUCUUUCCUGCCUCUCUUCCUCCCGCCGAGACCCUCGCGUGAGAAGCGGAGCGGCAACCCCGACCCGAGGCUGGCAGGAAGAAGCAGGGGGACGCAGGGGAAGCCCCCUCAGACGCCCCCAGCCCCCUUCCCCGCAGGGGCCAUGAGCGCGAGGCGGGAGGCCAGGAGAGACGAGGGGGACGCCGGGAGGACGGGACAGCAGGCAGAGCUUCGGGACCGAGCCCACCUGGGCCAGCAGCGCCGGCUCAAACAGGCCACCCAGUUCCUGCACAAGGACUCGGCGGACCUGCUCCCGCUGGACAGCCUCAAGAGGCUCGGCACCUCCAAGGACUUGCAGCCACACAGCGUGAUCCAGAGACGCCUGGUGGAGGGAAACCAGAGUCGGCUUCUGGGGGAGUCUCCCCUGGUGCAAGCCCUGGCUCAUGGCCAGGAAAGCAGGAAGCCCAGCAGGGCAGAGAUCCCAGCUCUUCUGGUCAACUGCAAGUGCCGGGACCAGCUGCUCAGAGUGGCCGUGGACACAGGCACCCAGCACAAUCAGAUCUCCGCGGGCUGCCUCAGCCGCCUGGGGUUAGGGAAGAGGGUCCUAGAAGUCCCAGCUGGGGACCUGGCACCUGAGCCCCCAACCCAGGUGGAGCAGCUGGAGCUACAGCUAGGGCAGGAGACCGUGGCAUGCUCAGCGCAGGUGGUGGAUGUCGAGAGUCCUGAAUUCUGUCUGGGGCUGCAGACCCUGCUCUCUCUCAAGUGCUGCAUCGACCUGGAACGCGGAGUGCUGCGGCUGAGGGCCCCGUGCUCGGAGCUGCCCUUCCUGCCUUCCCACCAAGAGCCUGGCCAGUGA